AUGGCCAUCCCUAUCCAACUCCAGCCCCAGCCAACUCUAGCCAUCCACAGCCAUCCCCAGCCUACCCCAGCCAACCCCAUCAAGACCCAGCCAUACCCCAGACCAAGCCAGCCCCAGCCAUCUAUCCACAGCCCCAGCCAUCCCCAGCCAACUACAACCAGCCCCAGCCACCUCCAGCAAACGCCAUCCCGAGCCAUCCACAGCCCACCCCAGCCCCAGCCAUUCCCCAGCCAUGAUUCCGCAGCCUUCCUCAGCCCCAGCCAUCCCCAGACCAACCAGCCCCCGCCAUCUAUCCACAGCCCUAGCCAUACCCAGCCAUCCCCGGCCUUAGACAUCCCCAGCCAACUCCAGUCAUCCACAGCCAUCAUCCAGCCAACCCAAGCCAACUCCAGCCACAGCCAUCCACAUCCCCAGCCAACUCCAGCCAUCCAUCCCCAACAAUUCCCAUACAUCCCCAGCCACCUCAAGCCAACUCCAGCCAUCAACAUCCCGAGCCAACUCCAGCCACAGCUACCCCAAGCCAACUCCAGCCCAAGCCAUCCACCUCCCCAGUACGAGCCAUCCCCAGCCAUCCCCCACCUAUCCUUCCCCAGCCAACUCCAGCCAUCCCUCCCCAGCAAUCCCCAGCCAACUCCAGCCCCAGCCAUCCCCUCCAACUCCAGCCAUCCCCAGACCAAGCAAGCCCCCACCAUCUAUCCACAGCCCCAGCCAUACCCAGCCAUCCCCUGCCCCAGACAUCCCCAGCCAACUCCAGCAUUCCCAGCCUGUCCAACUCCAGCCAUCCUCCAGCCCCAGCCAACCCCAGCCAACUCUAGCCAUCCACAGCCAUCCCCAGCCUACCCCAGCCAACCCCAUCAAGACCCAGCCAUACCCCAGACCAAGCCAGCCCCAGCCAUCUAUCCACAGCCCCAGCCAUCCCCAGCCAAUCCCCAGCCAACUACAACCAGUCCCAGCCACCUCCAGCAAACGCCAUCCCGAGCCAUCCACAGCCCACCCCAGCCCCAGCCAUUCCCCAGCCAUGAUUCCGCAGCCUUCCUCAGCCCCAGCCAUCCCCAGACCAAGUCAGCCCCCGCCAUCUAUCCACAGCCUCAGCCAUACCCAGCCAUCCCCUGCCCCAGACAUCCCCAGCCAACUCCAGCCAUCUUCCAGCCACAGCCUUCCCCAGCCACCCCAAGCCAACUCCAGCCAUCCACAUCCCCAGCCAACUCCAGCCAUCCACAUCCCCAGCCAACUCCAGGCAUCCCAAGCCAACUUCAGCCCCAGCCAUCCACAUCCCCAGUCCGAGCCAACUCCAGCCCCAGCCAUCCACAGCAAUCCACAUCCCCAGUCCCAGCCAUCCCCAUCACCAUCCCCAGCCAACUCCAGCCAUCCAUCCCCAGCCAUCCUCCAGCCAACUCCAGCCCCAGCCCCUCCAACUCCAGCCCCAGCCAUCCACAGCCCCAGCCAUUUCCAGCCAUCCUCUGUCCUAGCCAUCCCCAGCCAUCCACCCAUACUCUGUGGGUUAUCAGCCCCUUCUAUUCCCUGAGCAAGAGGUCAACAUACCCUCGGCCCAGAUGUCCAUCGGCGUACCUUGAAGAGAGCCCGGUCUGCUCUUCUCAAGACCACCUCGAGGCAUCGUCGACAAGCGGACCACCACUUGACCCCGGCUCCCCGCUAUCAUCUCGGGCAGAGGGUAUGGCUGUCUACGCGGGACCUGCCCCUCCAGGUGGAGUCUCGCCCUCAGGUAACUCCAUUCCCACCUCCAGCCCACAGCCCUCAGGUAACUCCAUUCCCACCUCCAGCCCUCAGCCCUCAGCCCCAGCCAAUCCCAGCCACCCAGAGCCCCAGCUAACUACAUUCCCACCUCCAGCCCUCAGCCCCAGCCAAUCCCAGCCACCCAGAGCCCCAGCUAACUCCAGCCCCAACUCCAGCCAUUGCCAGCCCCAGUUAACUCCAUCCACAGCUAUCCCAGCCAAAGCCAACUCCAGCUAUCCCAACCAUCCCCAGCUCCAGUCUUCCCCAGUACAAGCCAUCCACAGCCCCAGCCAACCCCCAGCUAUCCCCAGAUCCAGCCAACUCAAGCCCAAGCCAACACAAGCCCCAGCCAAAUCCAGCCAACCAAAGCCAUCCCCAGCCAACCCCAGUUGUCCACAUCCCUCCCAGACCCCAGCCAUGCCCAGCAAACUCCAGCCCCAGCCAUUCCCAGCCAUCCCCAGCCAGCACUAA